AUGGCGACAAUUGGUCUGUGGACCGACCUCGAAGGUCAUAUUGGCCUGUGGUGCGGAUGUUUUCCAGCCCUCCAGCCCGUCCUCCGCAUUGUGAGCUACCGGCUGGGCCUCCGCUCCAGUCCUCUCAGCUACGGAGACCGGCCGACAGGCCAGUCAGGUCAGCCAGUGGGUCAUCUUUCGGGCGCCAAUUCGCGCACUCGAUCCAGAGGUCAAUAUUUGCGCAAGGGCAGUGGUGUCGACCUUGAGGGUUUGGACUCGGAUACCGACAGUCAAAAAGGCAUGGUCGAACAGAAUGAGGGUCUCGGAAGAGACAUGGAAUUGGGCGAGAUGCACAAAAAGACAAACGUCAGUGAAGAGAUAGAAACACCACAUGUAUGA